AUGGCUUUCAAGGAUACUGGCGAGGCAUCUGUUGAGACUGAGGUCACCAUUCACCUCACAAGCCGCAGUGUUAAAUCUCUGGAGAAAGUCUGCGCAGACUUCAUCAGUGGGGCUAAGGAGAACAACCUGAAGGUGAAGGGACCCGUCCACAUGCCUACCAAGACUCUGCGCAUCACCACCAUAAAAACUCCCUGUGGUGAAGGAUCCACCUGGAAUUGCUUCCAGAUGAGAAUCCACAAGCGCCUCACUGAUCUGCACAGCCCAUCUGAAAUCAGCACUUCACCUCCAUCAGCACCGAAUCAUACAUUGAUGCACACAUGGUGCCAAUGA